AGAAUAUUAUUUUCAUGGAUUCAUUUUAUAUGUUUAACAGUAUUAAUGAUUAUAAAAAUGAUGAAAACUUUUGUUAUUUGAUGAGAAGUGAAACAAGGUCAUUGAUUCAACUAUAAAUGUUAAACUGUAUAUUGAUAAUUCAGUAUUAUACUCAUUCAAUAAUCUAAUCACUUACAUCUCUAUUUUCUUAAUGAUGAUGAAAACAUCAAGUGUCCGACAGAAUUUCGCCAAAGAAUGUGAAAAUGCCAUCAAUAAACAAAUCAAUGUGGAACUACAGGCUGCUUAUGAUUAUAUGGCAUUCUUCACUUAUUUCGAUCGAGAUGAUGUGUCAUUUCCGAAAGCAGCUGAAUUCUUUCGAAAAGCUUCACAUGAAGAACGUGAACAUGCAGAGAAAUUGGCCAAAUAUCAGAAUAAACGUGGUGGUCGAAUAGAAUUUAUGGAUUUAAGAGCAGUUCAGAAAAUUGAAUUAAAUGAUCUUGAAGAAGCAUUUGAAAUUGCUCUAAAUUCUGAAAAGUCGAUUUAUCAGUCCCUACUGGAAUUACAUAAUGUAGCUGAAGAACACAAUGAUCCAGGGUUAUGUGAAUUUAUUGAAUCUGAGUGCUUAGAAACUAAAGAGCAAUUCAUUAAAAUAACUGCUGAUUAUCUAACACAAAUUCAACGUGUUGGGAAACAACUUGGUGAAUAUUUAUUUGACCAAUUAACAUUGAAAGAAUAA